UAUAAGAUUGGUGAAUUGCUGACAACUUGUUUUCACAGCAAGGGUUCAGCAAGGGUUUUAGUGGGGUCCUAAGAAUUUGAUUUAUUCGAUAAACAUGACCAAUUCAUGUAGAGAUCAAAUGUGAGUAAAUUUCACUGGCUUGUGUUGCAAAAAAUUGAGGAUUUCGGCAAACAUGUUAAGCCCAGGGUUUCAAACAGCAUCAGAACCAUUGAGUUGUAUGAAAAAGAGGGGAGAAGUGAGGAAUCUAAAGAAAGAUGCCAUAAAAGAACACCCUCUGAACUAUAUAGAAAUGAAUUUGUUUUUUCACCUGCAUUACAACCAAGUAGAAACUUGUGCGGAUUGACAGGUACAAUCUUAGACAUCCAAAGCCCUGGAAACACUAAAAGCUCUAAUGUUCAAAAUGGGCUCUACAGAGGGUUAUAGACUGCCGGUAUAAUAUAGAGAGAUGACAAUGUGGAGACUGGAGAGAGCCUUUGAAGCUGCAAUUACAGUGUAUGAGUUGGAGAUUGCAUUCAGGGCAAUGGAAUCUGUGUUUGGUGAAGACGAUAAAAGGCUUGGCAUGGCUUGUCUCAGAAUGGGGCAGGAGUUGGAAUCAGCAGGUGAGAACCCAGAGACUAUUCUUGCUUAUGCCAAUAGGGCACUUAGGAAUUUGGAAAAGGAUGACAACGGCUCUAUCGCUCUAGCUACGUUUCUGUAUUUGUUAGGUUCUGUUCAUUAUGCAUUGGAGAAGUUUGAUGAGAGCUUGGGUUAUUUGAAUAGGGCUAUUGGGAUAUUUGAGAAUGAGCAUAGUCAGUUUCAGAAUGCACCUAUAGUUCAUGAUAUUCAAAGUUUGUUGGGGGAUGUGAAGACUGCCUUGGGGAGGAGGGAAGAAGCUCUGAGAAACUAUAUUCGGAGUCUUGAGUUGAAGGAGGAGUUGCUGGAGCCCGGACAUCCUCAAUUGGCUAGUUUAAGUAAAAAGGUCGCUGAGGCAUAUGUAGCUGUAUUGAAUUUCAAGGAGGCGUUGACCUUAUGUUUGAAGGCUUUGGAUAUUGAUAGAAAGCAUCUAGGAGAGAAUUCUGUGGAGGUUGCAACGGAUCAUAGGCUUCUUGCAGUUAUAUAUGCUGGCUUAGGUGAGUAUGAGAAGGCUUUAGAACAGAAUGAGACUGCCAAGAGGGUUCUUAAGAUUCAAGAAGGGCUCAUUAAUUCUGAAUUGGAUUCGGCCAAUUUACAUAUUUUUCUAGGAAGAUAUGACGAUGCCAUAAAUGUGCUAAAGGGAAUUUUUCAGCAGACUGAUGAGGAAAGUGAGCUGCGAGCAAUGGCACUCCUUUACAUGGGCAAAGCACUCUGUAAUCUGAAAAGUUAUGGGGACUCCAAGAAAUGCUGCGAACUAGCUUCUACGACAUUCAAGAAGCAUUCACAGACAAGCCCAAAGAAGGUAGGGGCGGCCUUUACAGAGCUUGCUAUGUCGUACGAGAUGACGAAUGACUUUGGAACUGCCAUUUAUUUCUUUAAGAUGGCCCUUGGAAUCUAUGAAGUGUUUCCUAAGUACCAGCAUGCAGAAGGGAGCACUGCUGGGCGGCUUGGUUGGUUGCUUCUAAUGACUGGCGGUGUGAAAGAAGCAAUCUCUUACUUAGAGAGUGCAGUACAAAAAAUGAAAGAAAGCUUUGGUCAUCAUUUUGGAGUGGGAUACAUUUACAACAAUCUGGGUUUGGCAUAUGAGGAGCUAGAGAGACCUUCAACUGCAGCGCAGAUGUUUGAAACGGCCAAGGGAAUUAUGGAAAUUGCUCUUGGACCGCAGCAUGUGGAUACCAUUGAAACAAUUCAAAGCCUUGCAAUGGGCAGCUAUGACCUUGCGAUUGGAUUCCAGAGACAAGUGAUUGAGGCAUUGGAAAAUCAUGGUUCUAGUGCCAUGAAUGAAUUGAGAGAAGCACGUCGUCAUCUAGCAGACCGAGAGAGACGGGGUAUAGAACCCGAAUGGAAUACCGCAUCAUAGUAUUAUGGGAAAUCUAUUAACUAAGAUCAAUGUCAGUGAGAUUGAAAUCGAUGAUACUGAUAAUAUCAUUUGAAGGCCACCAGCCAAUAAAAAAUUAAAUGAGAUUGAAACUGAGGACACUGGCAUCGCAGACACCAAGUGAUUGCUGAUUAAAAGAUUUGUUUCGGUACAUGACUGUUAUGUAUCAAGUCAAAAGUUCCUUUGAAGAUAAUACAGUUCUAUACAUAAAAUGGGACAAGUGUAUAAUGUCUGUAAAUUAUGGGUUUUGAAUCCAUUGCAAUUGUUAAAAGAUGGGAGAUUUUCCCCCUUUUUUUUACAGUUCAUUCAAGUCGCUAGGAGCAGUCUUUCAUGUAACUCAAAUAUUUUCAAUGUAAAUAAUAAUGGCAAGGCCCAAAAUUUGGUUCAA